AUGGCUGCAUCAUCAAGUGCAAACAACACACAAAAGUUGCAAAUUGACACAGACAAUGGGAUUUACUUUUGGAAACCGGAGCAAAGGUUUGGGUACCUCGGGCAGUGGUUCGCAUCGCCUUUCACAGUCAUCUCGGAAGAUGGAACACGUAUCGAUUAUGAGAAUUGCGAGCAGUAUAUGAUGCACCAGAAAGGAGUUCUCUUCGCCCCCGACAGCGACGCUACCGGGGAUAUUCUUGCGAAAGGUCUUCACCCUGCCGACAUAAAGGCCUUAGGACGUGCUAUUCCAAACUUUGACGAGGAAACCUGGGAGAACAAUCGAUACAAGAUUGUCGUGCAGGGGAAUUAUUACAAGUUCACACAAAACGAGAAGCUGAAGGCGAUGCUGUUAGAAACUGGGAACAAAGAGCUGGUCGAAGCGUCUCCUCGAGACCGGAUCUGGGGGGUUGGAUAUGGUGCAGUGAAUGCACCAAAGAAUCGACAGAAAUGGGGUUUAAAUCUUCUUGGGAAGGCACUAAUGGAUGUUAGGGAAAAAAUCCGAGUAGAGGAGAAAGAAGAAGAAGAAAAGAAAGCGGAGGAGUCUCACUAA